AUGGCCAGAGCUGAUAGCAACAAGUCCCAGCAGUUGGUUCAGGAGGAGCAGUCAUCUUACACCGGAAGUAUGUUGGGUCCUCCCCUUCCAGCAAGCGAUGACAAGCAGAAAAUUCUCGGAAUCUUAUGGGAUUCUUAUGAGGACAAUCUUAUUGUUGAUAUCAAGGAUGUUGCAGAUUUGGCGCAGAUGGUUCAAGCUACGAAGAGAAAUGUGAUCAGUGUUUCUUCCAAGAUUUAUGAUCCUAUGGGGUUAAUAUCCCCAUUGACAAUCAAUUUCAAGCUGUUGUUUCAAGAACUUUGUCUGGCGAAGGGUGACUGGGACCAUCCACUUGAAGGAACACUGAAAUGCAAUUGGCAGAAAUUAGUUGAUAACCUACAGGACGUCCAACCUAUCGUUAUUCCGAGAUGCUAUAUUUCUGACAUACACGAGCAAGUUGUAUCCUACAAGCUUCACAGGUUUUGCGAUGCCUCUAUCAAAGCAUAUGCUGCCGUAAUAUACCUCAGAAUCAUCACACCAAAUGCCUCUUAUGUCCAGUUGGUGAUAUCAAAGGCAAGAGUGGCACCCUUGACUAAACAAACGAUCCCAAGGUUGGAGUUACUGUCAGCGCUCGUGCUUGCCAGAUUAAUGACUGUUACUCAGAAAGCCUUGAAGUCUGUGAUUGAAAUCUCGAAGGUGCAAUGCUGGACGGAUUCUAAGGUUGCAUUAUAUUGGAUUACGCAGCAAGAGAAGGAAUGGAAACAAUACGUACAGAGUCGAGUGGAAGAGAUUAGAGCGCUGGUUCCUGUAGACAUUCCAUCACGUGGUAUCCUGCCUACUCAACUAGCAUCAUCUACAUUGUGGUGGUUAAACAGGAAGAUCCUCCAACAAACUCGGAAGUUACAAGCACCGACAUCUAA